AUGACGAAGAAGCCCAGCUCUUCCCUCGUCCUCCUGCUCCUCCUCCUCCUCCUGGUUCCCCGGGCCGAUGCCAGCAUCGGCAUGUGCGUUCCCACUGCUGCCGCCCAUCUCGUCGACCCCGCCGUCCUCGUCAACCUCCUCAAGGCGCACUCCAUCUCCAUGGUUCGCCUCUUCGCCCCCGUCCCCAGCAUCCUCACCGCCUUGAAAGGCACCGGGAUCCGGGCCAUGGUGGGCGUCGGCAACGACCAGAUCGUCCCACUUUCGUUGGGCGGGCAGGACGCCGCCCUCCGCUGGUUGAAGAUGCACGUGCUCGCCUUCCUGGACCCCAAGCAGCUCCGCUACCUCGGGGUCGGCAACGAGGUCCUCCACGUCGCCGAAGCUCUGAUCAUCCCGCACGUGGUGCCCGCCAUGAACAAUCUUCACAAGGCGCUGCAGCAGCUGGGCCUCGACGGCACCGUCAAGAUCUCGUCGCCUCUCGCCUCCAGCAUCCUCGGCGUCUCGAUGCCGCCGUCGUCCGGGGCGUUCACCCCCUUAUCCCUCCCGCUGGUCCGGCCCAUGCUCAAGUUCCUCCAGGACACCGGGUCGCCCCUCAUGGUGAACACGUACCCAUUCCAAACCUUUAUCCAGAAUCCCCUCCACCAAGCCCUAAACUUCUUCCUCUUCCACCAAAACGCGCCGCCGGUCAAGGACGGCGGGCGGAGCUACACCAACAUCUUGGACGUCAUCAUGGACGCCCUGGUGGCGGCGAUGAAGAAGGAAGGGUUCUCAGGGAUCCCGGUGUCGGUGACGGGGACGGGAUGGCCGAUGCAGGGGAACAACAAAGCCGCGACGCCGGCCAACGCGGCGGCCUUCGUGCAUGGAGUGGUGCAGCGGGCGUUGGAAGGCACCGGCACCCCCAUGAGGCCGAAGCAGGGGUUGGAGGUCUUCUUGUCAAAUAUGUUCAACCACCAGAACAACAGUGGGAAUGAGACUAAUCAUGAGGUGCAUUUGGGCGUCUUCAACCUCGAUGGCACAACGGUCGUCAACGCCACCUUCGGACGUGCGCAUUAG